AUGGCCGACGCUUCUCAUUCAUCCAAACUUUUUGGGCUUGGAAGCACAGGUGUUCUGUGCUUCUAUGCACUAUUUUUAUCUCUUAUUUUCUCCGUUUACAUAUUUUCUUCUUCAAAUCUGCUCAAAUUCACAGCCAUCCACGCUAACACAAAUGGCUGUUUUCAGCGUGCUCAAACCAAUAAUGAAAGCUGCGACUUGUUUGAUGGUCGUUGGGUUCCAGACAAAGACGGCCCUCUAUAUUCCAAUUAUAGCUGUUCGACCAUCCCUACGAUAAGAAAUUGCUUCUAUCAUGGAAGGAAAGAUACAGAUUUUCUUUACUGGAGAUGGAAGCCAGAACAAUGUCAACUUCCUCGGUUCGAUUCCAAAGCGUUUUUGAGCAUUGUUCAAGGAAAGACAAUGGCUUUCAUUGGUGAUUCAAUCGCUCGGAAUCAAAUGGAAUCGCUUCUGUGCCUUUUGUCCAUGGAAGAAAGUCCAACAAGUAUAUCCAAAGACGAGGAGGAAAAAUUCAUCACAACAUGGCAUUUCCCCCACCACAACUUCACCCUCAAGGUCCUCCGCUCAGUCUUCCUCAUCCGCGCCACCGAGAAAGUGAAGAGUAACGGCCAAUCCACAAAUCGUUUUCACUUGCUCCUAGACCAACUAGACCCAAACUGGACCCAAAACAUAUCAAACGUGGACUACGCCAUUUUCUCCGACGGCCAAUGGUUCCUCCGCCCCAUCUACCUCCACGAGGCCGGCAACCUCGCCGGCUGCAUAUUCUGCCGCGAACCAAACAUCAAAGACCUCGGCGCAGGCUUUGCCAUCCGGAAAGUAUUCAAAGCAGCUUUUAAGUACGUGAACGAGAGGCGAAGGGGGAUUGUGGUGUUUAUGCGGACGUUCUCGCCGUCUCAUUUCGAGCACGGGGCGUGGCAUAACGGGGGGUUUUGUAAUAGGACGAGAGGGUUGAGUAGAGAGGAGGUGGAGGGGGUGGGGGUGGGGGGAGUUGAUGAUUGGGAAUAUAGGAAGAUUCAGGUUGAGGAGUUUGAAAGGGCUAAAAGGGAUGGGGAGAAAAGAGGUAAUAGGUUUGGAAUUAUAGAUGUGACUAGAGCUAUGAUGAUGAGGCCGGAUGGACACCCGGGGGAGUUUUGGGGGAAUAGAUGGAUGAAGGGUCAUAAUGAUUGCUUACAUUGGUGCUUGCCAGGGCCGAUUGAUACUUGGAAUGAGCUUUUGCUUCAGCUGCUUCGCAACAUCAAACCAUUUGGCUAGUUCCCUACAUGCUGACAGUUGGAACGAAAAAAGAAGAUUAAUCUCCUUACUGGUCGGCUGGAGGAAUACCUUUGAAAAAAAACCUAAAAAGAGUCUUCACAUUGACAUAUUGACUUCAAUUCCUCCCAUCCACAAAUUAAAGUUUUUUUUUUGGCUUGUAAAACACAUUAUUAUUGCUUUGAUUA